AUGGACUGCAAUAAAGAAGAGGCCUUAAGGGCCAAAGGCAUUGCUGAAAAGAAGAUGGAAAACAGGGAUUUUGUGGGGGCUCGCAAAAUUGCUCUAAAGGCUCAGCAGCUUGACCCUGAUCUGGAAAAUAUUGCUCAAAUCCUUGUAAUUUGUGAUGUGCACUGUUGUGCUGAGCAGAAAUUGUAUGGUAAUGAGAUGGAUUGGUAUGGAAUUCUUCAGGUUGAACAGACAGCUGGUGAUGCACUAAUUAAGAAGCAAUAUAGGAAGUUUGCCCUCCAACUUCAUCCGGACAAAAACAAGUUUGCUGGUGCAGAAGCUGCUUUUAAACUGAUUGGGGAAGCUCAAAGAGUACUUUUGGACAGAGAAAAACGCGUUCUUUUUGACAUGAAGCGGAGAGUUCCAAUAAACAAACCUGCUACUUCACAUUUUAGUUCUACAGUAAGGAGGAACGUUAGGCCCCCCUUUACAAGCUCAAAUGCUCAGCAGCAACAGCAAUCUAGGCAGCCAAUGCAGCAGCAGCAGCAAAAUGGAUGCCGCCCUACUUUUUGGACGGUCUGCCCAUUUUGUUCUGUUAAGUAUCAAUAUUACAAAGAAAUUUUAAAUAAAUCACUUCGCUGUCAAAAUUGUAAAAGGCCCUUUGUUGCAUAUGAAGUUGGAAAACAAGGUACAUCAUCAACAGCAACUAAUUCAACUCAGCAAGCUUCUGACCAGCAGAAAGGUGGUUUGAAUCAUGGUGCUUUCAAGGUAGGUACCGGAUCUCAAGGAAAUUCACAUGCUGAGAAGUCCAAUACAAGGUCAUCUGACAAAAAGGGACCUGCUAGUGUUUCUGGAAAACUUAAUGGAAAGAGAAAAAGGAAGCAGGUGGAAGAAUCCAGUGAAAGUUCUGAUUCUAUGAGCAGCAGUGGUGCUGAAGAUGAUAGAGUUGCUGGCAAGGAUGGUUAUUCGAGUGUAGAAAACCAUUCAACUUCUAGAGUUGGGCAUCUACGUAGAUCUACCAGGAAAAAACAGCAAGUUUCCUAUAAGGAGAAUGUGAACAAACAUGAUGAUGGCUUGAAACGAAGUGGUGAUGGUGAGAAAGCUAAAAUGAAUGAUCAGAAUGGUUUAGCUGCUGAACCCAAAGAAGUAAAUCAGAAACAACACUUGUAUUCCGAAAGAAAUGAGGAAAGUAACACAGUAAAGGGAAAAGAUGCUGUGGGAGGGUCAAAGCAGGUGGAUGAAACAUCAGGGCAUUCUCCAGAUUCAACUUCCAAAGUAUCAAAUCAACCAAAUGUUUAUGUCUUUCCCGAUGCAGAGUUCAGUGAUUUUGACAAAGACAAGAAGAAAGAAUGUUUUGCUGCUGGGCAGAUUUGGGCUGUCUAUGACACAGCGGAAGGUAUGCCUAGAUUCUAUGCUUUAAUUAGGAAAGUUCUCUCUCCUGGAUUCAAACUGCAGAUAACAUGGUUUGAAUCUCAUCCGGACUGGAAGGAUGAAAUCAACUGGGUGAAUGAGGAAUUGCCUGUUGCUUGUGGGAAAUAUAAACUUGGUGACUCUGACGUCACUGAAGAUCAUCUGAUGUUCUCUCAUCUUGUUUUGUGUGAAAAAAUUAGUCGUAAUACUUUUAAAGUGUAUCCUAGAAAGGGAGAAACUUGGGCUCUAUUUAAAAAUUGGGAUAUUAAAUGGUACAUGGAUGUGAAAUCUCAUCAGCUGUACGAAUAUGAGUUUGUUGAAAUCUUGACAGAUUAUGUUGAAGGUCAGGGUGUAUAUGUUGUGUAUUUGACUAAGUUGAAAGGUUUUGUAAGUGUCUUCCUUCAAAAUAUAAACGAAGCUAAUAAAUCAUUUCAAAUUUCAUCCCUGGAGUUAUUUAGAUUCUCUCACAGGGUUCCAUCUUUCAAAAUGACUGGUGAGGAAAGGGCUGGGGUACCUGCGGGAUCGUAUGAACUUGAUCCUGGAGCUUUGCCAAUAAAUCUUGCAGAGAUUGCUGUUCCUGAAAAGUUGGAUGAGAAGGUUGGUCACAGUUCGUCUGGCGGUGACAAUACAGGGUCUUCAAAUAGAUCAGAACCCCUGAUGACAUCUGAGGGAGGUACGUCCAAACCCAAGGUUAAUUUGAAAAACAGCAAUUUGGUUAGAGAGAACAAGGAAUCUGUUGAUGACAGUGAUGAUUGUUAUGCUCCUCCAGCACCGAGAUCAGAAACAAUAGAAAUUCCAGAUACUCAAUUCUAUAAUUUUGAUGCUGGGAGAUCCUUUGAGAAAUUUCAGAUUGGUCAAAUUUGGGCAUUUUACAGUGACGAGGAUGGAUUGCCAAAAUAUUACGGUCACAUUAAUAAGAUUGUGACAAGCCCAGAUCUUGAAUUACACGUUUCUUGGCUCACUUGCUACCGGCUACCAGAGAAUACCACUAAAUGGGAAGACAGAGAUAUGGGUAUGCUUAUUUCAUGCGGCCGAUUUAAAGUUAAUAAAACAGAUGAAUUUCAAAGUAUUUAUAAUACUACCUCAUCUGUUUCACAUCAAGUGCAUGCUGAUGCUGUUGGUAAGAAUAAGAAUUAUGCCAUCUUCCCGAGGAAAGGGGAAGUUUGGGCGUUAUAUAGAAAAUGGACAAAUAAAAUGAAAUGUUCUGAGUUGAAAGAUUGGGAGUAUGACAUAGUGGAAGUUGUUGAAGUGACCGAUUUGUUCAUUAAGGUUUUAGUGCUGGAGUUUGUCAAUGGGUUUAGUUCCGUUUUCAGGGGCAAAUCAAAUGAAGGAUCAUCUGUCAACCUGAUAAUACCCACAAAAGAGUUGCUUAGAUUCUCCCACCAAAUCCCAGCUUUCAAACUGACAGAAGAGCAUGGCAAUUUAAGAGACUUCUGGGAACUUGAUCCAGGUGCGCUACCAAUUCAUUAUUAUGGCGUGAGAUAA